AGACAAGUUGGAAGCUCAACAUGUUGUUCCCCCACGUUUUCCCAAAAACAUUCAACAGCUUCGCAGCAACAGUCUAACACCAAUCACACCGAAAGAAAAAAAAUGUGAAAACGGAAAAUCUCGCUUAAAAAAAUUCCGUGCAAUAAUUCUAUUCCCGAAAAUGUAAACAUUAUAUUUAUGUUUAAUCUAUAAACACUUUUAGGACUAAAAAUAGUAUCUGUGAAUUUUCUGGACUCAGUGCCGUAUUGGAUACGAUGCGAGUAUGAGUCGGCCUAAUUUUGUGUAAACUUUUGUUUAAACUAAUUGAUAUGAACGUAAAAAAAAGUUAUCAGUCAUUAUCGGCAGUUUUUGGUUUACUUUUACGUUAUUUUGAUAUUAUGAUAGGAUUAUCUCGUACGUGAUGGACCAGGAGCCAAAUGGCUCUGAAGGAAGAAAUAUUACUGUUACUUCAACUCCACAGCCAGCUCCGACACUUCAUCCUUAUUAUCAAACAUACGAUGUCAUGACCGGAGUACGAAUAGCUGCAACUUUGGGCAGCUUUUUUGGCCUAAUGGCUAUUCUCAUGUUUUACAAAUCAAAAUCUAAGACUGAGAAAGCCAUGGAAGAUCCAGAUUUUACUGCUGCUGCUAUUGCUGAGGUUUUGAAAAAUGAAGAAGAAGAAGAGAGACAAUUACAAAUGGCUCUCGAAGCAACGGUCCAUCAUCAGUUAAACCCAAGAAGGAUAAGGAGAUCUUUAGAUACAGCUAGCAUGCCAUCGAAUUGGGACAGAUAUACUCCAAGAUUCGCAUCGUUUGCUGGUUGCAGUGGAAUGAUGGAUCCACCAACCAGUCCUCACUGCAAACUCCCAAUGUUCACUGAUGAUGAUCCCGAAGAGAUUGGGUCGUUGUAUGACGAAUUGUUUUAUAAUGACAAUCUUGACAUCCCAAGACGACCCAGCAAUAUCACCUGUUCAUCAUCAGGCAGUUCAUAUUUAGAACGUAGAGAUUCUUCUACAACUUUGGGACUUCCUCCAAUGCCUGCACACAAAUGCAAAUUGUCUCAAUGUCAAUUCUCCGAUGUCCCGGAGAUGUACGAUUUUUAUUACCCUAUAGAUAUUAGAGUUACUCAUCCUACUCCCGGAGGAUCUCCUUGCGGGAGUAAUAGAGGACUGUACGACAGAGUUGUCGAUAUUCCGAAUUUAAAACCGAAGCUAGCUCCUUUAGCUUCUAUUAGUAGUUGUAAUAGUUCAUUAGGAACUGAUAUUCCAGACUUCGAAGUACAAUCAUUUUCUAGCGAUUCUGUAUUUGAUGACGACGACGAAGAUACAGAACACGAAAUGAACGAAAUAAGCACAAACAGCGAUGCAAACAGUGAUAGUGACGUCAAUAGUGACGAUGGCGCCUGCUACCGAGGAAGGAGCAUAAGACUGACAGUUCCCGUGGAUAUUGAACCUAUACCUUCAUCAAAAUCGUCGUCUACUCUAGUAGGUCAUGAUAAAUCUUCUUCGGAACAUAGUUCGGUUGUCAAUUUAGAUGAAAAAACAUCUUGGGUCCAAGAAACUUUAUUUUAAAAAACAAGAGAUAUUUUUGGACACGCUCUCCUCCAUGUAGACAAUAUUCAAUAUUGAGUUACUGAAAAUAUUAAUCUUGGCGCGAUAACCAUUGAGGUACUCGACGAUAGUGAGUUUAUAAACUUUCUUCAGAUACAUAUAUAGUAACAUUUUAAUCCAACAAUGUCCAAGUACCUUUUAUACAAACCGCCAUUUACAUCUAAACGUAUUAAAAACAAUUAAAUCAAAACAAAUAUAUAUUUUAGAAACUGUUAGUUAUAUUUUCUAUUUAUGAUAUUUCUUUAUAUCAACUAGAAUUAUUUCCUUCCUUUGGUGUCUCAAUGGUUAUAAUUUAAUGUACGUGAAAGGUUAAAUGCGGAAUCAAAACACCAUAAUCAACUUAAUAAUUAUCGUUUAACUCGAUCGAAUAAAAUCUAACUAUUUUUGUCAGCCUCCCUGUAUAUACUUAAUAUUUGUUCUUAUUAAAACAUUAAUCUUAAAAAUAAAAUUAGCGAAUUGAAUUUUAACUUUAAAUUAAUUGAAAUUCGGAAAUAUUUACUCAUGUUAAAUGUAAACUUUUGAAACCUACUCAAAUCAAAAUUAAAAAAAAAAACUAAUAAACUGUGAUUAAACGUUAAAUAAUUUGUGAUAAGCUAAUAAUAAUUUGUGAUAAAUUCUUAUUUGAUCUAAAACAUCGAGUAUGUAAAAAAUAUAUGUAAAUCUAUAAAUCUAGAGAUGUUUGUAGUGAUUGAAUUGUUAUAAUAACACUCGCUACGAGGUUACAUGAGGAAACCCAAGAGCGAGAGUGUGAACAGUGCUCUUGCCUUAAUUCGCCUCGCCUCUCUGUUGCACCGCUCCAUGUUGUUUUUUCGGGCACGAAUCAAAGUACGUAAUGGAUGCGCCUCGCGAGAUUCUGUAUUGGGCAUUAUAAUCAAUUUAAUUUUUUACGGCUUCAAAUUAAAAGACGUGUUCAAUACUGCAUACGCUUCAGUGAUUUCAUCUUCACUGUUCCUCAAUUUUGUGUCAUUAGAUCAAAGGUUACUGUUACAUCACGAGAGAAAAAACUCAAUUAUUGAACUCAGAACCUUGGAUAAAAUUUUAGUCCCUACGUUAAGUUGCCGAAAAUAUGCAUUUUCUCGCUCGUUCGAGACACUUUAUCUAUACCGCGCAUGCUUGAGAAUGCGCAGAACCGAGCUGAGAUCUCGAAGGAUAGAGAAAUCGUUGCCAUUCUGUUAUACUUUGUCGGAACAGCUUUCACUUAUAGAAAGUGUCCAUAUAGAAAUACUCCAUAUAUGCUCGGAACCAGAAAAAAUCGUGGUUAAUACUCUGCGACUACACCAGCUCCAUUUGUGUUAUUUACUUAUGUUGUUCGUAUUCGACCAAUGAAAACUUGAUCGGUUUGAUAUGAAUCUUCAGCUUCAACUAUUAGUAUAGGUCCAAAAAAUGUUUUAUGAGCACCAUAUUUUAAUAUUUAAUAGGAAAUACACAUAUUUUCAUAUUCUUAAUCAACUUAGUUCACACUUAAAAUAAAAAAGAGCAGAUCGGUUACAAAUAUGAUUGUAAUCAAAAUCUAUUAAUAAAUAAAACGAUGAGAAUACAAUGUAUCUACAGAAACCACAAUCAGAAUGCAAAUAUUAAAUUUUAUAUCGAUAUCUUACCUACAUUCAAUGAAUAAAUCGAAAACUAGUUCCAGAACAUUGAGCUUCAUUGCUAGAGUUAUGCACGUAUCAAAAAUUUACUUUAGUAUCGAUAUGAUAGCUAAAACUUUCUCAAAACUAAUGAGUUACUAGCUUCAAAUAUCAUAAUUUUCAAGUGACAUCCAGAAAUUAUGAAGAGAGUCUCAAGAAAAAUAUUUGAUAAUACAGAUUGUCUCGUAAAUAAGUGCUAGUAUGAUGAACCGUUGAGGAAUAAUUAAAAUAGCUGAAUAUAGUAAUCAUAUACGUCAAAAACUUUCUUUUAACAUUGUAUCUAUCCACUUUCAUAAGCUGGUGUGAACAUAAUAUUGAACCACAAUAGUUGCAUUAGUCCAAAAUUGACAAUAUCAAGUUUCUUGAAUGUCAUUUUCUAAAAUUUGAAUGGUUACAAAACCACGCACUACGGUAGAGAGUUGAUUGGUCGAAUAUGAUCUAACGUUUACACUUUUCACUUUGGAUUAAUUAUUGCUUCGAUGACCGCCUCUAUCUUCGGUGUUACAGUGUCAACCCGUUUCAUCAUACAUAAAUUAACCUUAUCAAUCAAUAUAAAAUGUUUGUAGUAGUUUAAAUGGAGCUCUACGUUCGAUUCAAUAUAAUAUUUUUAUCCGUAGAUAUUUCAUAUAUCAUCAAACUACAAAUCAAAUGUCUCCACGUCUUUCUUUGAACACUAUCCACAAGUAUUGAAUCUUGAAUUACCUCAACUUUGGUAAUAAACACGAAGUUCAUACUCUUACGUCACAUUAAAUAUGACAUUGUAACAAAUUACUUGUUGAAAUUUGAACCCAUAAUUUAAAAAAAUCUACAGGUUUGUUCCAACCUACUAGUCUUGACCGUUCUUGGAACGGUUAUUGGAAGCGUUUAAAUGAUAUUUUCUGCGCAAUUUCCUGUUUUGCACUGUUCUUGUAACAGUAGUUGUAUGGAGUGUAGAGAAGGAGGACCGUCUCUGGGUUAAAAAAUGUGAGCUGAUUUUUGAUGGGUAAAUAGGUGGCGCUGAUUAUAGAGGGUAUUCGCUUGAAUUUUACGCGCUGAUUUAAAAAAAACUGUAUAGUAAUGCUUUAAAUAAUGCACCGUGAUAAUGAAAUUAGUAGUAUUAAAAUAAUGAAACGAUUAACAAAACAGAAUCUCGUUAAAUUAGCUUUAUUAUUUAGCUAUUUAUUUGGUUUAGAUAAUACAUAUAUUCUAAUAUGAAACAAAAGUAGAAUCAUGUAACAAUAAUGAAAUAGUAUAAAAAAAACAUUUUGGUUGAUUAAAAUAAAAUAUUGAAUUUUAUCCGUAACUAAUAUAAUAAUUAUAGUUUUGUUAAAAUAUCAUUGGUAAUUAGCUUAUGCAAGCAGGUACAGAAAUAUAUCAAGUUCUUAAUAAAAAAUAAAAAUCUAAUAAGAUAUUAAGGAUUGCACAGCUUUUCACAUGAAUAUAAUCAAACGUCAGUCACAACUUUGAUAAUUUCUUAUACAGUAAGUGUUUAACUUCAGAUCUCAAUCCCAUAGUACAAUCAGCGCCACGUAUUAUCCCUACAGAAUUCAGACCAUAUUUUAAACGUACCGUCCAUAAGAGACGUUCCUCCUUCUCUACACUCCAUAAGUAGUUGAUAUCAAUCAAGUAUCGAAAAGACCGUCCCGAAAACGGUUCACAAACGAGACCUAAAUCGGUUGGAACACAGAACAGAACUGACCGACUGGAACACGUAAUCUCUAUUGCGCAGAAUCGUCACCGUACUAAGGAGGGUUUUUUGAUGGGUUGGAACGAACCUAAUAAAAUGUGGUCUAUGCUUGUACCUUUUUUAGAUCAAUCGAUUAUAUUGUGAUGCUUUUUUUCGAGCGUGAAUAAUCUAUUUAAGCAGAUACUGUGAAUCUUAGUAGUAUCGGAAACUCAAGCAAUAAAAAGAAUACUACCUCUUCUAGUCAAUUUAAAUUGUUGUCUAUAUCAAAUAAUUCUAUCUACUAGUUACAAAUCUUACUCGUAAACUGUGAUGAUUUUAGUUAUUGUUAUUAGGAAUCACCAAUUAAGUCAAUUUAUUAUGUAGAGUAGCCCCUUUUUGAUGUGAAUACUUCCAAUUUAUUAUAAUUUAAUAUAAACAAUAAGAAGUAUUUUAUUAAUAUGCGUUCAUAAAUUGGAAACUAAGGUGAAAGAUAAUCCUCAGUGUUCUGUUUACCUAUUAGGGAUGCUAUAAAUUGGAUGCUGCUAAUCUCUGUCACGAAAUUUGAUGCUGUUGAUGGGUCAUUAGAUAAGAAGUGGAAGUUAAAAUAAAUCAAUACAUUACUCCAGGUUUAGCUAUUUAUUCACAAGUUCACAAUAUUUUCCUGUUGGUCACUAAUUAAAAAGAAAUCUACUCUAAUUAUUCAUCAUUUCCUCUAACAUAUUUCGAAUGUAGCACAUAUUAAUCUGUUCAAUGUGUUUCUUAUUUACUGAAUUUAUGAUUUUAGAUAACAUGUAUACUGCAUCCUUCAUAAAUAUAUUGCAAACCACAAUACACUUUUCUAUAUCUGGUCCUUAUGUUAAUCAGUUCUGUAGAGUCCAAUUUAAGGGUAGUUUUAAAGGGUAGCAGGUAUAGUUCUUUCAAUAUCAAUUGCAGAUUAUAAAAGCCCAUGCCGACAAUUUUGUUUGAUCUACCAUAGGCGUAGAUAACUCAUUUUAUGAAUUUAUUAUUUUUAUAAAUACUUUUCAGAAUAUGAUACUUAGACAGAUGCACUUAAUUGUAGUCUUUUAACUUCGAAAAAAAAAUAUUAUUUUACCUUGUUAACUUGCUACAACUGAAUUGUAAAUUAUAAAACAUAAAUAGACGAGUAAAAUGUACAUGCCUGUAAGGGGGUUUAAAAAGGGUACCAGACGUGAACUGAUCCCUUUUUGUACCUUUCGUCUAUUAGAACUUCGGUAGUCUUUUGUCUGACGCAAAUAUUCUUGUCGCCAUCGAACUAUCCUGAACGAUUCGGUUAUUACCCCGUUUUUUCAGUUUUUUGUGUUUAAAACCACAUGCUGAUAAAAGUUGUCUCAAUGUUUCUAAACUGGUAUAAUUGUAUUCUGGAUAAUUUGCUACCUUUUGCUGUAUUAUUUCUAAUGUCGCAGCCCUGUUCUCCUUAUAUAAACUAUAAAUUGUCCUACGUACAAAAUCUUGAGUAGCUCUGUCAACUGAUUUCAGUUUUUCUUUACAGCAAUUCCUUCCGUGACUACUCGAUAAAUGGAAAAUUUUUUACUCUAUAUAUAUAUAAUUAAUUCAGCAUUCUUAAUAUGACUUUGCAUUUUCAGAUUGCUCAAUAUUUUCCAUUGUUAAACAUUCGAAUAUAUUUAAAAUAACUUGCUGUGUUUGUGUAUCUAAAUCUUUAUUAUUAAAUUCAUACCUGUCUUUAUUCUCACUACACUGUGCAAUUUCACUGUCUUAAUUUGCCCAUGGUCAGAAGAACGCCAUAAUUCUAUUUAUUUAAGGAAAUGUAUGAAUUAAAUAAAUCUCACUAAGCCACUCCAUUUGAAUUGGUAAAUAGCGGAGAUGACGAGUCCACGUAGACUGACGGUUUGUUGGAUGUUUAUCGAAUUUUAUACGGAGAGUGAACAUUAUUUACAAUUUCUUAAUUUGGUAUAGGUAAUGGCAUAACUGUCUUCUGCUGUUGAUAUUGAAUGAGUUGUAGCUUCCAAUUUAUGACCGCGUAUACAAAUCAAGUCCGUUCAUACACACAAUGAACAAAUGUUAAGAAUAAAUUGAGAUAUGUGUAAUAAAUGAGACAAUGAACAAUAUUUCGUCAUUUCAUUAAAUGUAUAAACGGACUUCACACAAAUGGUAGAACAAAACGUCUUCUUCGCGUCAACAGUUAUAGUGGAAAAUAGUUCUAAGUAAACAGGAACAGUGUGACGUCAUAAAAUAAGUUGGUAACACUAUACUUCCCACAACUGGUAGAACAAAACGUCUUAUUUACGUCACCAGUGAUACUAGGAAAAAGAUCUGAGUAGAGUGGGAAGGUGUGACAUCAUGAAAUAAGUUGGUAACACUAGUUUGUUUCCAAAUAAAGUUAUUUAUGUGAUUUAUUGUCGAUUUUAAUUAUUAAACGUAAUAAAGUGACUGUGUCCUAUCGUAUUUUUAGAAAAUAGUUAUGAUCUAUGGGUAAACAUAUAAAUUAAGGAUAAUAUAAACGUAUAACGACUAAUAAGUAAUAGUGAAAAUAAACAAAUAAUAAAAA